AUGCAGCUCUUCUUUAUAAAACUGAAGUUGAAUGCUACUUUAGUCCCGUAUUUAAUUUAUUCAACUGCUUUAAACGUAUUUUUAAAGGGCCAUUUCGUAGUCAGGCACGGGAGAGGCAAGGCCGGGAGGGAGCGCAAGGACUUCGAAUUCAAAGACACCGGCUCCCGCGACACACCCCCACGCCGAAAGUCAAGCAGAUCAAAGGCCAAGAUCAGCGCCCAAGAUGAAGAGUCCGAGUACAUAUACACGCUGGAAGACACCGACGACGAAAAGACCCAAGGUUCCAGCGGGUCCCAGAGUUCGAGCACCGAGCGCGAUUACCAGAUCUGCAUGCUGGUGGCAGCAGCGGUGGUCGGGAGCGCGUUCUUGGGCAUCGUGAUGAAGUUCGCUUUCACGCCGAACCACAUUGGACACCGUCAUAGCGUGCGGAGAGUUGACCGUAGGGUCUUCGUCGAGCCGUUUCCAGAAGCUCCGCCUCCAGCCGAACCGGACCUAACGACGCUGCCGACCAACCGAUCUGAUAACGCGACACAUGUCCCUGCUAGAAGAAGCAUGUUCACCUACGAGUGCCGCACGGACGCGUGCUUGUGGCAGAGCCGAUUAAUCUACGACAAGAUCAACCAGUCCAUCGCACCCUGCGAAGACUUCCACGCAUACGUCUGCUCCAACCGUUGGUACGUAAGGGAUCUCGACGUCCAGGGAAGGCCGUACGCUGUCAGCGGACCGGGACUUUUGAUACUGGACGUCGCCAACUAUCUCCUCCGCCAGAAGGACAAGGAGGGUCAACCUGCGUUUAUCGGGCAAUCGGCGGCGUUCCUUCGCGGCUGUAUUAACCACGCAAACGCCAGCAAGGGCAUGCCAAGUUGGAACCGGGUUACAGAGCUUUUUGAUACGUUAUCGCUCACCGGAUGGCCCUUCCUGACAGACCCCGUGGCGAUAAAAUUCCAGAAAGUACUCAUGGAAGUGGACAAGACUCUGGCCCUCUUUCCGAUCGUGGACGUGAGUCUGCGCAAGCGGUUCGAGAACGAGGGUUACAUGCUACACCUGGACGCUCCCAAGUUGGUCCUCGUGCGUCACCAAAUGACGUUCCUCGAAGAAGGCAUGCAAGAUUACAAGAAGUGCAUCAAGCGCGCUCUUUCCCUUCUCGGCAGCAAGGCGGACAUGGACCACAUGGCGGACGACAUACUCGAACUCGAGCGCAGACUGGACGAAGCCUCGCUCCCGCCCCGAAAAUUUGUCACCAUCCUUAACUCAACCGUGCCCAUCGCCAACAUCAAGCGUACCGCAAAGUUUGAGUGGGAGACGUACCUUCCCCAUCUACAGUCCGGUUCUGACAAAGUGAUCGUUAGGAACGCGGCCUUCGUUGAAAAACUUCCGGGCGUCUUGACGUCCACGGCUCUAUCGACUUUGUUGAACUAUAUCGGCUUUCGAAUUAUGGUGUUUCUUUCCCCGCUUCUGCCCAAAGAGGCUGGAUUCCUGAUUCCGCUGAGUUACGAUGACCACAUCCCCAUGUACAAUCCGAGACUGCAAGCUUGUGUUCACCUUCUGGAACGGCUCUACCCAUACGGCACGCGUAAGAUUGCUCGCCUCUCGAUGGGCAAGACAGCGAUGGAGCAAGUACUUUACGACCACAACCUGGACAGUCUGGUGCGUAUCGUCAAGGACGCCAUGAUGCAGACUGUAGCCCACGCACCCUGGCUCACACAAGCCGAGGCGGACAUUGCGAGGCAGAAGAUCCAGAUCCUCGAGGUAGACUUCAUCGGAGCCAAAGAAAACUUAGACACCGUAGCCAGGUACUACGUUAUCAAGACCAAGGCAAACUUCACGACCAACUCCACUCUACACGACUACCUCACGCUCCUCAACGAAAGCACGUCUCGGUACUGGGCCUCCAAAGACAACGCGGACUACGACGCCCGCUAUCACGUGUCCUGCCUGAAGCCGGGCUUCGAGUACAACGCCGGCAGGAACUCGUUGUACAUGCCGUACGGCGUCGUGGCCUUCCAGCACCGCGUGUCCCAGACCACGGUGCCCGCCAUCCUGAUGCCUUUCAUCGUGCCCCACCUGGUACAGGGCAUGUACGAGGCCGUCGACGUGAGAGGCUCGUCCAUCAGCGUGCGCGGCAUGCCGGAGAGCUGGUGGAGCGAGGAGUCCCUGGCGCGGUACCGCAAGCAGCAGCGUUGCUUCGUCGAGAGUUACCUGGAGCAUAUGCAGCGCUUUGGAGCCUUCAAGGAAUCCCCGAUGGUGCCCUUCAUCCGCCAAAUGAUGGCCGAAAACGCGGCACUGCAGCCGUCCCUGGAGGCUUACAGUCGAGCCCUGGUCGAGCCACACUCGAUGCAGCGAAACUUCAGAGUUCCCGGCCUGCCAGAAAUGACACCCGACAUGCUCUUCUUUGUCAACUUUGCUGCGAGUCACUGCGACGCGGUGCAGGGCAACAGCGGUCUCGGCGUUCUUGCGCGGAGGCAAGUGCAGUACAGGGUUGCCUUGCCUUCGGUCCUCCGCGUUAAUGUGCCACUCAGAAACUUCGACCGCUUCGCUGAAGUCUUCUACUGCCCCAAGGGAACUUACAUGAAUCCAGGAGCCAAGUGUAGACUGUGGUAG